UAAAAAAAGGGGAUGAAGGAGACACAGAAAUAUUCACAAGGCAAAUAUUCACGCAAUUACGUGAAACGGGGAACAAGAACAUGUGCCCCUUUUCACCCCGGAAAGGUACAAAGUCACGAUGCGUUCCGACCCCCACUGAGCAUGCGCAAAGGUGCCGAUUCUAAUCAUCAAAUCCCACCGGUGUGGUAAUACACUUUGCACUUACUCCGCUUUGCGUGAAUCCGCAUCACGUGACUUGCCUUGGAUUCGAUUCCCCCUCGAUUCAGAAGGGCAACCAGGUGUGAUAAUUUCCAAAGUGCUUACACUUUCAAUCUGAUGUUAGCAGCCAUAGCUGCAAAGGAUCCACUUUCUCUCCUCCUCCUCCUCCUCGCCUUAUGAUCUGCCAUUUUUGCUGUUAGGUAGCUCCACGUGUAUCUUUUAAAUGAAACACCCUUUGUAAAUGGUCUAAAAAUUAACCACCUCUGUCACGAAUCCCACACUGAACCAAAAUUAACAGAUGUCGAUUCCUUUAUUUGCACUGACUAAAUGUCCUUUUCACAUCAGCCUCCGUCUCAUCACCCCACAACAUCUCUCGCUCGGUGCCCACUCCAUUUUCCAAAGCCAGACUCACAGUAGGUGUCUGACUAAGAAGCUUUGGCAAAACUGAAGCCUUGGAGGGCAGUGAACAUAAGAGCACCGUAAUGUCUUUGUCAAUUAUUUACUUUAUGUUAUCUCUGUGAGUAUAAAAUUAUACAUCUCCUAGUCCUCUUGCCUUAGAAUCAUGGAGCAAGUCCUAAGCAUGGCACUAUUUCUGGCUUCCACAGUGUUAUCUCAGACUGGUGAGCGCAUCAUCGGUGGUUCUGAAUGUCCGGCCCACUCUCAGCCCUGGCAAGUCUUCAUGUAUACCACCAAGCUGUCUCGAUGCGGAGGAGUCUUGAUCGAUACGUUCUGGGUGCUUACAGCUGGACACUGUUGGGGAAGGGACCUCACAGUCCAUAUUGGAGAGCAUGACCUGCGUAAGCAUGAUGACGGGGAACAGUUUUCCAAAGUAGCCAAGCUCAUCCGCCACCCUGAGUACGAGGCUAGUACCCUUAAAAAUGAUCUCAUGCUUGUGCGCCUGGCUUCCCCUGCCGUCCUUGGGGAUAAAGUUAAGACAAUUCCUGUGGCUAAAGAAUGUGUGUCUGUUGGAACAAAGUGUGUGGUGUCUGGCUGGGGCACCACUACUUUUCCUGCAGUAAAGUAUGCCUAUCGCCUGCAGUGUUUAGAAAUCAGCAUCGUGUCAAAAGACAUAUGCAACACUACUUAUGGAUCCCUCUUUAAUGACAACCAUAUUUGUGCUGGAGCAAUAGAAGGAGGUAAAGAUUCAUGUCGGGGUGAUUCUGGAAGUUCUUUGGUUUGCAAUGAGAUCCUUCAUGGGUUGGUGUCAUGGGGUCCUCGGAAGUGCGGAGAGAAGAACAAACCUGCUGCUUAUACAGAGAUAUGCAAAUUCCAGAAGUGGAUUGAAGAAACCAUGCGUCUAAACUGACACAAAAGUACUACUGAUCAAAGGGUGGAUAUUACCUAAUAAAU